CCCCUCCCUCCCCCACUUCCGUCUCUUACCUCCUCCUCCCCCCUCCCUGCUCGUCUUGGGAGGCUCCUCCGGAUGGAGAGGUCGGUGCGCUCGAGAGGGAUUCUGCGCGCAGGGCGAGGGGAGAGACUCUGAUUCACAAGUCUAAGCACGUUUUGCUAGAAAAAGAAAAUUACAGAAACGUGAAGGGGAAAUUGAGAGGAUUUCCUUUCCCCCUACGCCAAUGCAAGCAAUAGAGAAGACAGACAGAGCAAUCUCUACUUUCAUUAGGAAUCACGAAAAAAUCAUUUAAAUUUGUGGAACAUACAAUGUGAUUCAGUCAGUGAACACACUUAGUUCACAUCAAGGAACUGAAAUAGUGGAGACACCAUUCAAAGGUAUGGAUUGUGGAAAGGACGUCAGUAGGAGUGGAACUCCUACACAACAUCAAGGAACUCACACAGGGGAGAAACCAUUUAAAUGCAUGGAGUGUGGAAAGAGCUUCACAGCAAGUGGAACGCUUAGAAGACACCAGAGAACUCACACAGGGGAGAAACCAUUUAAAUGUAUGGAGUGUGGAAAAUGCUUUGGUCGUACAGAUUCGCUGAAAAUGCAUCAAUGUACUCAUACAGGAGAGAAAUCAUAUAAAUGUUUUGAGUGUAGAAUAUGCUUCAAAAAAAGUGGAUGCCUCUGUAUACAUGAGCAAACUCACAGGGGUGAGAAACCAUUUAAAUGUAUGGAGUGCGGAAAGAGCUUCCUUUUGAGUAAUCACCUUAAUGCACAUCAUCGCACUCACACUGGUGAGAAACCAUUUAAAUGUAUGGAGUGUGGAAAGAGCUUCCUUUUGAGUAAUCACCUUAAUGCACAUCAUCGCACUCACACUGGUGAGAAACCAUUUAAAUGUAUGGAGUGUGGAAAGAGCUUCCUUAUGAGUAAGAACCUUAAUGCACAUCAUCGCACUCACACUGGUGAGAAACCAUACAGAUGUAUGGAAUGUGGAAAGGGCUUCAGUGUGAGAGGAGGACUCAAAAGACAUCAGAGAACUCACACAGGGGCAAGACCUUUUAAAUGCAUGGAGUGUGGAAAGAGCUUCAGUCAUAGCGGACAGCUUAAAAACCAUCAGCGAACUCACACAGGGCAGAAACCAUUU